AUGCCCCCACUUGCACUCGUUACUCUCAUGGCAAGCUUUGGCGUGCUCAUGCUGGUCAUGCUGACAGGCAGAGGAGCCACCAUCAACACAAUGAGCCCAGGCGCUGAGCCAAUCUCCAUCUCCAAAUGGGCAAUGGAUCUCAUGGCGGAAGGGAAGACAUCGCCCCUCAAGGACCCACGCAUGGAAGCACCAGAAGACAUCACCAUCCGCCUCGCCCACCUUGCUGUCACCUGCACUGCCAUGCCCACCGCCUCCCGCCCCUCCAUGUCCCGAGUGGCCCAAGACUUGGAGGCUAUACAGGAGGAGGCAGGAGGGGGGGAUGCGAGAGCGCGAGCUGCAGUGAGGGUUGACGAGAAGCUGUCGAGUCAGCGGUUACGGAGGAGCAUGGAGGAGGAUCUUGCGAUGCUGAAUGAACAAGUGAUGCACGAGGGUGACGCAACUGCUGUCUUUGUGUGA